CAUGCCUCUCCUCUCUAUCGGAGCCCUAAUGAACACCUGUCGUCCCGGCAUCCUUUGCGUGUCCAAUAUGGAAGAACUGGCGGUGGAGGUCCGUGGCUCCAACGGCGCUUAUUAUAAGGGCUUUGUCAAAGAUGUCCACGGUGACUCUCUCACCAUUGCCUUUGAGAACAAUUGGCAGCCAGAACGCCAGGUGCCCUUCAGUGAUGUCAGAUUGCCACCGCCUGCUGAUGCCAAGAAGGAGAUCGGAGAGGGCGAGGAGGUGGAGAUAUUCUCCAGAGCCAAUGAACAGGAGCCUUGUGGUUGGUGGCUAGCUAAAGUUCGCAUGAUGAAGGGAGAUUUCUAUGUGAUUGAGUAUGCAGCUUGUGACGCCACUUACAACGAAAUUGUUACCUUUGAUCGUCUGCGACCAGUCAACCCUAACAAGGCCAUUACCAAGAACUCCUUUCACAAGUGCACUGUCCCUGUUCCUCAGGAUCUGCAAGAAGCGUGUCAGGGUGAGAACGCACAUAAAGACUUUAAGAAAGCGGUGGGAGCCUGUCGCAUCACGUACUGCCCUGAGACCAGUGAGCUAGUGAUUGUGUCCACCAAUGACUCAACGGUGAAGCGUGUGUCUUUGCUGAGCGACAUGCACCUACGCGGCCUCAGAACCAAGCUGCUGUUGAUGUCACGCAACCAGGAGGCCACAAAACACCUGGAGACCUCUAGGCAGCUGGUGUCAUCCUUCCAACAGGAGUUCACAGUGAGACCAGACCUGAUGGGGCUGGCUAUCGGCAGUCACGGAAGCAACAUCCAGCAAGCGCGCAAGGUUCCAGGUGUCUCUGCCAUCGAGCUGGAUGAGGAGACUGGUACUUUCAGGAUUUAUGGAGAGACAGAGGAGGCCGUAAAGCAGGCCAGGAACUUCUUGGAAUUUGUGGAAGAUUCGGUCCAGGUGCCAAGAAACCUUGUUGGUAAAGUGAUUGGGAAGAACGGUAAGGUCAUCCAGGAGAUUGUGGACAAGUCUGGCGUGGUGAGAGUCAGAAUAGAGGGGGACAAUGACAACAAGCAGCCCCGGCAGGAGACACAGGGAAUGGUCCCAUUUACCUUUGUCGGCACUAAGGAGAGCAUUGGCAACGUUCAGGUCUUGCUGGAGUACCACAUCUCAUAUCUGAACGCCAUGGGGGAGCUUCUUGCAGAAGGCCAGCAGCUAGAGGAAGAACUGAGGCAGAUUGUGGAUUACACGCAGGGAAGCAGCCUAGCAAUUUUCAGAAUGAAAAGCUCAAGGCGCACUGGAUGUGAUGUAGAUGAGGUUGAGCAACUUCGUCUGGAGCGGAUGCAGAUUGAUGAACAGUUACGUCAGGUCACCCAGGGUUACCGGCCAGCUGACCGGGAGCGAGGCGAUAGGGGAGAGAGAGGAGGAUUUAACACCGAGAACAGUGUCGGUACGCCUUCAUCUUCCUUACGUGGUAGCCGCUCCUACAACGGCCGGGGGCGUGGACGCAGAGGCCAUAGCUACAGCACCGGAUACGGCACCAACUCGGAGCAGUCCAAUGCCUCUGAGACCGAUUCAGAGCGCAAGGAUGAGCUCAGCGAUUGGUCCCUUGCUGGAGAGGAUCAGGAUGGGGAGAGAGAACGAGGCGCUCGGCCACAAAGAGAUGGUCGUAGAAGGCCGGGACCUGGCAGAGGUCGAGGGGGACCUGGAGGAAGGGGGAGAGGAGGCAGAGGAGGAUACAACUACAGUUCUGCGCCUCGGGACCAUGACAACUACCAACCCUAUGGAACCUUGGAGGCAAACACUGAGACGGACCAGACAGCUGACACCGAUGCCAGCGAGUCCAACCUGCCAGCAAACCGCCGCCGAAGGUCACGGCGUCGCAGAACAGAUGAAGAUGCCACUCUGAUGGAUGGCAUGAGCGAGUCUGACAACGCCUCGCUGAGUGAAAAUGGCUUAGAUGUAAAACCUCAGCGCCGCAACCGUAGCCGGCGUCGCCGCGCCCACCUGCCAGAGGAGAGGCAGCCAGUGACCGUGGCUGACUACAUAUCCAGGGCUGAAUCUCAGAGCAGGCAGACAAACACCAAGGACACAAAGAAACCCAAGGAUGUGGGUCAGGUGGAGGCUAUUGCUGAGCACAGUCCGCAGUCUGCUCCGCCAACCACCAACGGCUCGAGCAACGGCGCCACCAAGUCUCCCCCUGAGAAGCCCGCCAAAGCCUCUCACACGGAGGACUCGAACCCGGAACCUGUCGUUAACGGACUCUCCUAGUUAGACCGGAGCAAAGAAAACGGUUUCAAAUAUUUGGACUCCUUUGGGGAUACUUGGUUGCGUCUCCAUGGCGAGGCGUCAAAGUUUACUAAACAUUUAAACACAACAAGCACUGUCCUUUUUAUUACUUAACAAAUAUUUGAAACCUGUUCUGCAGCACAAGACCGUAACCUCUCAUUUACACCUUUAUCUGUUCAACUGUUCAUUUUACUAGUUAGUUUUCUUUCUCAGUAGUUCUUCCAGUACGAGCUUGCCAAAGAUAGUCAGACACAUGUUUAGGGACACACACACACACACACACACACACACACACACACACACACACACACCUCUUUAGCUUGCUCUUCACCGAGAGCUCCGAUGGAGGUUUGGCUGAAAGCAGUGUUUAUACAACGCAGACAGGAAUUCCUCUCAAAUCCAUUCUGUGGUGUGAAUGCAGCAGUUUGUUUUUUAAAUUCUGGCAAAGUUUUACAACGAUGCCUGUUUUUUUGUCGCGUGGCAACAUAUUUUUUAUUUUAGUUUUGUCUUCUCCAGGAUGCUUUUUGCAUCCGAGGUAGUUUGAAAAGUGAACAUCUGCAUGAGCCUUACCACGCUGCAGAUAGGUUUGUCGCAAACUCAAGUAGAAUUGAUUCACGUGUGAUCAGCUGUUGUGCCUUGAGAGUAGAUUCAACAUGUUGCUGCCUGGCUCUGCGCUCCACCUGAAAUCCUUCCACAUCUCUCCGCGUGACCCGGUUUCCCUCACCUGCCACAGACGAGGCGUCUCCGCUAGAGGCCGGUGAGGGCGAACCCUCAAAACGCCCUCAAAGGAUUUCAGAGCCAUCUCUCUAAAAUCAGGUGUCUGCUCUUAAUGUUGUGGGGGUGGGGUGGGGUGGGGGGGUCCCGUUAUCCUUUAUAUAUUUAUCUGUUGAGGAGUUUGACAUUAGCUGCUUCCUGUUCUUUAAUAUGCAACCACUCUGAUCAUAGGACAAAUGUUAUUACAGCAUAUCUGAGACGAGACGAGACGUUUUGUUUGCACUGAAGCGUAACCGACUUCUGUUGAAGCUGAUUGUAGUUGAGUGAGAAAACUGGCUCGCAGCGGUUAAACGCUGCACCGAUAUGUAGCCACCAGGUUUCCUGGAAACAUCAGGCAGUUUGAUCAAGUUUCACAAGGAUACUGAGACUUCAGAAACCCAAUAAAAUCAAAAUAAAACCCGUCAAGAGCGCCUUUGCUCAGCCUUUUGGGCCCACUUCUUAAUGCCUAAAACUGCAAAAAUCCUGUAAAGAACUGGACUUCUCUGCUCUGGUGUUGAUGUUCCUGAAAAGCAGACCCAGGGGACAACGAUGUCAUUUUCAUGGUUCUUCCACACUGGCUGGCUGGAAACUGGUCACGACUGUUCCUCUAAGGAAGGAGGUUUAUUUGGAUUAUUUAUUUGUUUUUUAGAAAAAAAGUGUACAGUAUUUAAAAAAUGACACUUUCUUGUUCUUGACACUAAAACAUACAAAUCCAGUUUUGUUUUAAGACAAAUUAUGAAUUGGGACUACUGACAGUUGCGACAUCAGAAGUGUUUUUUUUUGGGGGUGGGAGGGUCAAAUACAGUAUACUGUCUUUUUUUUUUUUAAAUGUUCGUCUGGUUGGUUGAUGUGCAAUAUGUUUUGUAUGCAGGUAGUUCUUAAAUAAACUCGAUCUUCUGUGUAGAUCUGAAACCAAA